AUCAGUACAUGCUGUCAACCGGAUGUCGUCACGCUUGACAGCGGAACUCGCGUGACGUAAUCAGGGAGCGUAGUUCCGGGUUGUGUUUUUUUUGGGUUGCAUUCUUCAGCUUUCAGUCGAUCUUUACUCCGCAAACACGGCCGACAUCUGGAGCGCGCUGCCCUGAGUUGGGAGAACAUUUCUUGUGCCAACGGUUCAGCCCAGAUAAACCAGUGGUCUGUGUCUGUCAUCAGUUUCCGGCGUGCGUUUGUGGCUCUGGUAACACCAAACAGGAAGAGAGGCGCAGAGAGACGUCUGAACAGAGAGAGGAAACUGCUGCGGCUUCUUCUUCUUCUUCGUCAGCGUCAGAAUGACUGAGUUCUGGGUUUGUUUCAGCUGCUGCAUUGCAGAGCAGCCACAACCCAAACGGCGGCGACGGAUCGAUCGCUCCAUGAUCGGGGAGCCGACAAACUUUGUUCACACCACACACGUAGGCUCGGGGGACAUGGGACUCGGAUUGGCAUCGGUGGACCUUGUUCAAGCCCAGAUGAAAUCUAAAGGGGGCUACGUGCAUGGAGGAUCUGAAGGGUCUCAGUUGUAACAAGCCCUUCACAGUCUUGUGGAAACUACUGUUGUUGAUAUGAGGAAGCGUUUUCAAAAAAAGCAGUUCUGUCUGUAACGGACGCAGGACCAAAAGAUGAAACUACUGCUUUUCCAUAAUGUUGUAUAUAUUUUUAUUUUCCAUUCCUUUUUUUUUUUCUUUUUUUUUGAAAUGAAAGCACUGCUAUCCAUUUGCUGCCAUACUGUUGCACUGUAAAGAGUAACUGUUAAGAAUAGAUAAGAGGGUUUAGAAAGCUCAUAAUCUCAGUCAGACGUAUGCUUGUGUGUAUGCAUGAGGAGAAUAUUUUCAAAAAUAUUUGCUGUUGUAGCCAAUUUGGAUGCCUGUAUUUAUUAUCUGAUUUGUAAACGGACCUCAUGGUGGCUGGGCCACGCUGGAGAUUUGGAACAUCUUUCUUUAUUCUCAGAGGUUUAUCAAAGGACAGGUAGCUGUGGUGGCAAGGCAAAAAGCGAUAUGUUCAUUGUUUUAUUCUGAGAAAUACUCAUUGUUCUCUGAGUUGCUUUCAGGGUUGAAGAUUGCUGUCUUGUAAUAAACUUGAAAUGAGUAGAGUACACUGGAUCAUACAUUGUACACUCACACUUGCUUAGGAAUUUCGCAUUGAUUUCAACUGUUUUUUUUAUACUCAUUUAGAUUGAACCAUAUAGAAUUUUAAUAAACUAUGAACUUCCUAAUCUGCCUUCUGAAGUCAUGUUCAUCAUUUGUUUUACUGGUGUCGUUCGGCAGCUUGAUGUUGCAAAUACGGAGCUUAGUGGUUCCAAGAGGAUUCAUAUUUUUCUAUGUAUUUUCUUCUUUUCAAGGCUUGUGUACCAACAGUAGAAUUAAACUUGGAAGUAACCAAAUCCCAUUGCAACCACCGCCACAAAUGUGGGUCAGGUUUCAUACAUUAAACAGUAUUCUCAGACCUGUAGUCUAACUACAGUAUAUACCAUUUCCUUUUUGUUGUUCCUGUUUGUGUUACAAACAGAGUCCUGUCAUGAAAUGUUAUAUUUCUGUUGACAUGAAAUCAUUUUUCUGUAAUUUCUUGGCUGAUAUAAUCUUGACAGAAAUAUCCCUUUAGUAGUUUUGUGUUUCUCUGAAAACUCAAAUGCCAGACCUCUUAAAGCUGAAAGGUGCGACUCAACUUUGUAGCAGUGUUUGUGAUUAAGUUGCUUCAGUGUUAAAAGAUGUUUAAAGUUAUCUCCUUUUUCAGGGAGAGAGAACUUUCUAUAAAGGGUUCCUCACUUGGAGGAAAGUAAAUAAGUGCAGCUCUUAUUGCCUGAUUAUGCUGGUUGUCAGUUGUGUUAAUGAUCAGAAUAGAGUUAAUAAUCUUUGUUUUUAUUGACCAGCUGGUCAUCCCUCAGUAUUGCCAUAUGUAGUCCAAAUUUCUGAGCCAGGCUCCAUUUAAAAUACCUUUAUGAAAUCUUUACAAAUAGUGGCGGAGCAGCAGCGGUAUGAAUAUUGAAUGCAUGUCCCCAUCACUGCUUACAAAAUCAACAGGUGUUGAGCAAACCAGCAGGCCUGGAUCUAUUAAAACAUGUCAUUAUUUGUCCACCAUGUACAUCGUAUGAUUGACUAACAACAGAAUGUGGUUGUGCUAUUAAGUCAAGCAAAAGUCUGUGUAAAUUGGUGUUAAACUGAGUGCUAUUGUCACACUAUUUAUGAUAAAAAGAAUGACAUAUUUGGUGUUUUUGGUACCAGGCAGGACGAAUUACCUGAUAGAUAUAGUCACAUUUGUAAUAUCUUAUCAUUUACAGCCUUAAAACUGCUGGUAACCACUUUCCCAGCACAGAUUUAAUAAUGUGAUUCAUCAGGCUAAAGUAUUGUCACAGUGCUCAUCUGUUCCUCUUUCAAUGUUUCUGUAGUAAUUCCUAUGUGAAAAGAGAUCCACAUUAUGUGUAGUCUAGUUAGUGUUUUUCCAGCUCUGUGCUGAAUGCUGUAGUAUGUGAAGACAUACUGGGAUUGCAGUAUAUGAUGUGACCAGCAGGCUAUGCUAGUGGACUGGUUGAAUGUGACUUAAACAAAUUGUUUCCUUUUGGGAUUCCUGUCAUUGGACUUAUUUUGUGAUGAUACUGUAAAUACGUAAUAUGAAAGUAAUGGAUCCAUGGUUUAUAUGUAUUCAGGGUCAGACAUAUUUAGGCUACUUUUCUGUACAACAUUACUGGGAAGGCAGAGCAGCGUUUUGUUGUUGUUGUUUUUUUCCCUCAGGAACUGCCUGAUAUGUAGUUCCCACUUUAAGGGAAGUUCAUCUGUCUUUUUUUUCUGCAUUUUUCAGAAUACACAAUGAGAAAUAAAUGUUAAAUGUUGAUAUUUGA